AUGUCGGACACAAUGUCGGAUGCGGGCGAAAGUACGGGAUCGGGCGCAGGAAAGCAGGAGUUGAGCAAAGACCAGUUGAAAGUAUUGCGUGAUGCGUUUAAUGCAUUUGAUAAGGAGAAAACGGGCAGCAUCUCCACGGACGUGGUCGGUACAAUUCUGGAGCUGCUCGGUCACAAACUAUCGGAGGAAGAGUUGGAAGAGGUGAUCGAAGAGUACGACGAAGAUGAGUCGGGACAGCUGGAGUUCGAUGAGUUUGUGGCGCUCGCCUCGAACUAUGUCGAGCCGGAGGAGGAUUACGAUGCAUUGCGAAAGGAGCUGCGCGAGGUGUUCAUGAUGUACGACAAAGAUGCCAAAGGAUACCUUCCGGUCGAAGAAUUCAAAGCAAUCCUCCGAGAACUGGAUGGUGCUGUGCCAGAGGAGGAACUGGAUGACAUCGUGGACGAAAUCGAUGCCGAUGGAUCGGGCACGGUGGACUUUGAGGAGUUUAUGGAAGUCAUGACAGGUAAGGUCGCAAAAGAAACAAAGAAAAACUACAUGAAUGUGGUAUUAGUUGCACUUGUGUCGAGCUCGCUGCACUUUGCAUGUUACUAA